CUAUAAAAACGUGCAAGAACUCAUUCUGCACACGAGCGUAUGCGUUCACGAACCACUCUGCGAGGUACUGGCCUGCGUAGUGUGAGACAGAGAGAGCGAGAGAGGGGCGGUAGUGAGCGAGCUAUUGUGCCUGGGAGAGAUCUCCCGUUGGAGUGUGCUUUUCCUUUCUCUACGCACGAGGAGCUGAGAAUCCCAUUAGCGACGAUGACGUCGGCUAGCGGUUUGUUGAUGAUCGUGAUGUUUGCGGCUAUGGCGGCCGCAGGUGUGCAUAACGUUGAGGCUGCAGGCCCUCGCCGGCUGCUCGGCCCCGCACAAGUUUCUCUCGGCGCUGUGAAGAUCAGGAAAGUGACCGUUGCUGGGUCGGGAUGUCCACAUGAGACACCGUUAGUCAGCAUCUCUGCCGAUAACCAGGCCGUCACCAUUCCGUUUUUGGAGUACCAGGUGGCCGUUCCAGCGGCACUGAAGGACCGUCAGAAGUCGUGCACCAUCAGCAUCGACCUCGAUUAUCCUGCUGGCUGGACGUAUGUGGCCAGCAAGUGGACCUACCAGGGAUGGGUGGAGCUGCAGAAGGGUCUGGUCGCUUAUCAAUCCGCCAAGUACUACUACCAAGGAGGACAGCCGGCUUGCGAGCGCAUUGCCAAGUGGGAUGCUCUGAAGAAGCCCAUCGCUGGCAGGUCGUACACCAUUCAGGAGGUUUGUCCGGAGGGCAUCUCGUUCAGCCCUUGCGGAGAAGUUCGGGGCCUGAACAUCCUGACCAGGAUGUGGAUCGACAACAAGAAGAACUACAACGCUGAGGGUGUGAUCAAAGCAGAGGUCGUCGACGGCGAGGUGAAGUCCUGGAACCUGUUUGUCUGCCACCUGUACUGGCAAUGGUGUCACUGACUGAGGAAGAGAGUUGAGGAGUACUUAGAGCAGCUGGAGCCAUGGUCUAUGUUCCACUCUCUCCUGCUCGGACGCUACCCGGUUGAGUUUUUGUGAUCGUUUGGAGGCGAAACUUAUGGCUGGACGGGUGUNUUUUGUGAUCGUUUGGAGGCGAAACUUAUGGCUGGACGGGUGGUAGUCUUGGCUGGAAAAGAGAGAGAGAGAGAGAGAGAGAGAGAGAGAGAGAGAGAGAGAGAGAGAGAGAGAGAGAGAGAGAGAGAGAGAGAGAGAGAGAGAGCCGAAGUGGAUGGAAGAAGAUGUCGAGGGUAGGAAGUAGACGGUACGACAAUUUUUAAAAGCUUGGCUCUUGAAAUUGUUCGGAUGCGAUCCACGAAGGUAAUCGGGAUUUUUAUUAUCAUGACUGGAGUCUCGUGGUCUUCUGUAAGUCUGAUUUUUUUCGGGUUUUGGAGUAACUGUUGCCGUUUAUAACCUAAUAUUGUGCUUCUUUCGUGUUUGGUUUGUUAUCUUGAGCACUCUUGUUUUUCGCGGAAUGAUAAAUGUUAUGGUGUCUU